GAGAGAGAGAACAUUUUGUAUUAAGCAGCAUGGAGGUUAUUACGGCAUGUUGUUAGAGCUGGCUGCCAAAUAGAGAGAGAGAAGAUAAAUAGAGUUUAACUAUAACAAUUAAUGGACAAAAUGAUUUCGUGUAAAAAUUUAUGUGUUUUGCGCCAACUGCCGUUCAAGGGCUGCUGCCGUCAAUACAACGCCACACUGCUGUCCGGGCGGCUGGCCAGUUGGACGACGAGAGCCGCUGCCAGUUCAACGGCUGGAGUUGCUACCUCUGCCUGGCAACAGAGGGCGCCACACCAACGGCAGCAGCAACUACAACAGCAGCAGCAGCAGCAAAGGCGAAGUAUCUUCAGCUCGAGUCGUCUGAACGCCAAGGACUACUACGCCACACUUGGCGUGGCUAAGAAUGCCAGUGCGAAGGACAUCAAGAAGGCAUACUACCAGCUGGCCAAGAAAUACCAUCCGGACACGAACAAAGACGAUCCCGAUGCGAGCAAAAAGUUUCAGGAGGUGAGCGAGGCAUACGAAGUGCUCAGUGAUGAUCAGAAGAGGCGGGAGUACGACACCUACGGCCAGACCACAGAGAACAUGAACAGGCAGGGUGGCGCGGGAGGAUUCGGAGGCGGCGGCCCCUUCGGAGCCGAGGGCUUCGCACAGAACUGGCAGUUCCGCUCGACCAUCGACCCCGAGGAGCUCUUCCGCAAAAUCUUCGGCGAAGGCAACUUUCGCAGCAACAACUUCGACGACUUCGCCGACUCGAAAUUCGGCUUUGGCCAGGCACAGGAGUUGGUCAUGGAUCUGACCUUCGCCCAGGCGGCGCGUGGCAUCAACAAGGACGUCAACGUCAACGUCGUCGACCAGUGCCCGAAGUGCGCAGGCUCCAAGUGCGAGCCGGGCACCAAGCCAGGACGCUGCCAGUACUGCAACGGCAGCGGCUUCGAGACCAUCUCCACGGGCCCCUUCGUUAUGCGCUCCACCUGCCGGUAUUGCCAGGGCACACGCCAGUACAUCAAGUACCCGUGCGCCGAGUGCGAGGGCAAGGGCCGGACAGUGCAGCGCCGCAAGGUGACGGUGCCGGUGCCCGCGGGAAUCGAGAACGGCCAAACGGUGCGCAUGCAAGUGGGCAGCAAGGAGCUCUUCAUCACGUUCCGCGUCGAGCGCAGUGACUACUUCCGGCGGGACGGCGCCGACGUCCACACGGACGCGCCCAUCUCGCUCUCCCAGGCUGUGCUCGGCGGCACCAUCCGCGUCCAGGGUGUCUACGAGGACCAGUGGCUGAACAUCGAGCCGGGCACCUCGUCGCAUCGCAAGAUCGCCCUGCGCGGCAAGGGGUUGAAGCGUGUCAAUGCCCACGGCCAUGGCGACCACUUCGUUCACAUCAAGAUCGACAUCCCCAAGAAGCUGAGCCAGCAGCAGCGCGCGCUCAUAGAGGCCUACGCCGAGCUAGAGGAGGAUACGCCCGGGCAAAUCAACGGCAUGGCGGAGCGCAAAGACGGCAGUAAGAAAGCAACCGCAGGUCCUAGCAAAGCGAACGGGCCAGAAGGUAGAGAAGGAACAGCCAAAGGAACUCAAGGAGAAAGGAGAGCCACAGAAGCAACAGCAACAAGCACAACGAAGGACGAAGAAAUCGAAAAAUCCGAAAGGCGAACAGGAGAAAGUGGUGGAAGCGGCGGCGUAGGCUUCCUUAGUAAAAUCAAAUCCUUGUUCAACUGAGUUGAAUUUGUCUAUGUCUUGUUAUCGAUAACUGUUUUGUAAUCGCCAAUUGACCUACAAAUGCCUUAAUUUUUCUUUCUUUUAAGUUUUGUUAUUGUACAGUCUAGGGGCUAUAUAUAUAUAUAUAUAGAUUCCAUUAAGUGGAAACAAAUCCAAGAAAAAUACAACCAAAUUGAAAGUCGA